ACCUUGGUAAGGGCUCAGGAAUUAUUCUAGUGACUAGUAAGGAAAGCUUCAUAGUGUUGCACAAUUCCCAGUCAGCUAUUCCUUUUGCUUACCGCGCCCACCAGAUUUUCAAAAUCCUGUGGUGCAUUGUGUAAAACACAAUGGCCUCUUAUUAAUUCACAUGUCUUUUUUAAUUGUAUGCACAGUAUUGUUACUUAUUUGCUUUCUCUUCCAACAGCAUCACGUUGUACUCUGCCCAGCCCAAAGAAUGUCCAUUUCAUCUCCAAAAACAUGAGGAACAUCUUACACUGGUUGCCACCAGCAGGGAUAGCAGAGGAUGAAUUAAUUUAUCAAGUGAAGUAUUUGAUAUAUGGUACAGAUAAAUGGAUUAAAAUAGCAGAAUGCAAAAAUAUCAGUCAAAACUGGUGUGACCUCUCACAUCGCACAUAUGACCACAAAGAGCUAUAUCAUGCCAGAGUGAAAGCCUUUUUACAUGGAAACUGUUCCAGCUGGGCAGAAUCUGAACGGUUUAACCCAUUAACAGACACUAAAAUUGAUCCACCAGCAUUUUCCCUGACUUCUACUGAAAAAUCUAUUUUGGUAAUUGUGGCGCCACCUGAGAAAUGGAAGAGAAACCCCAGAGACAAAACUGAGUAUUUGCAUCAAAUAUAUUCUGGCUUGCAAUAUAAUGUGUCUGUGUUCAACAAAAAAAUAAAGAAAAAGUGGAUGUUCUGCAUUAAAAACAACAGACUGGAUGUACUCUUGUUAGAACCUAAUACAGUGUACUGUGUCACAGUGCAGAUAUAUAUUACUCCAUUUCUGCUUAGUAGAUUUUCCAAAGAACAUUGCAUUGUUACUCUUAAAGGCUCAACUUUCAAGCAUACUUCAACAAUCGUAUUUGGAUAUAUUUUGCCUGUUCUUUUAAUAGUCCUUAUUGCUGUGGUGUCAAGCUGUUUUGUAUGCAGGUAUAUUCAUAUCACGAAGCAAAAGUACCCUACGAAUUUGGUUUUGAAGUACAAUAACACAUGCGAAAGAGACAAUUUUGUUCCUUCUGAAAUAAUAGUGUUUAACUUCAUUGAUGUGAAUAUUGUUGAUGAGAGCCCAACGCUUCAGAAGGACAGUCACUUGCUAGACAAUGGCUGCAACAGUACUGGGAUUUGUGAUGUAGACUACGUUGAGGAAAAAUCUUCAGGAAAAGGACUAGUAGACAAGAGAUUUCUAGACAAGGAAUUUGUAUUUGAAAAUGAGCAAGAUGGGAACAGGCCACCAAUCAUGAACCCUAUAUCCCAUGGGCUUCCAGACCAGAAACACAAUGAUGAGGUUGUGGUAUAUGCAUUUGAUGUGAGGGUUGAACAUGUGCAAGAAGAACAAGAAAGCUUUACCUUAAAAGAUGCUACUUGCACACUGGAGGAACUGCUACACGACUCACAAAAAGCUCUAUCAGGCUCAACAACUGAUGACACAGAACAGACCUACUGUCCCUGGUUUACCGCAGAAGGUCCAGCAAUCUCUUCGGUAGAGCAAUUAACAGAACUCCUUUUGAAUAAGAGAGAUUUUUCCCAUAUAGAAUUACAUGAUGACCUCCAAGUUUCUUUGAUAAACCUGGCGAGCGAUGAGCUAAACGAGCAUUUUUGUUCUGAAUGUGAUGUGACUGCAGACAUUUGUUUGGUAACUGAUCAAAAAGAGCCAUUUUUGGAUGAGAAAGGAACUGCAUUCAAAAAACAGCAACCUUUUGCAACUGCAAAGGAAGCAGAAGCAGAUAAUGACCAGUGCAUAAUAGUAGACUGGAAUCCCCAGACUGGCAGGCUUUAUUUACCUUCUCUGUCCAGUUCAACAAAUGACAUACAUGAAGAAAUAAUUGAGAGUAAAAUGUAUGAAGAACCUCUGGAGGAAGAAUUCAUGUCCAGACUUUAUGAGAAGCAGUGCUCUGAUGAGCUAUUAGGGGAAUAUGAGGAAAUGCAUCUUCUACAAUUUAAAGAACAGUGGGAACUACAUAUACAAAUGCCAGCCUAAACUUCUUUUUUUCAAUUCCUGGAUUUAGUUUAC